UCUGACUCUCUCUCUCUCUCUCUCUCUCUCUCUCUCUCUCUCUCUCUCUCUCUCUCUCUCUCUCUCUCUCUCUCUCUCUCUCUCCUCUUUGUACUAACUGAUUAUUUGGUUUUGGUUAUCUCUCUCUCUCUCUUCCCUCCCUCCCUCUCUCCCCUCCCCACAUACCCUGGCCCAGUGGCUACUGCUUACACCCGCUCUGCCCCUUGCUUGCUCUGCAGGAAACCCUUGCAGUACUCAGGUCUGGCUGGCUCAGCUUGGAGGUUCCUGUGGCAUCCGCUGGAGAGGCCCUGGGUCGCUGUGUUUCCUCCCAGGGGUGACUUGGCAGUGAUACGCUGUGUUUCCUCACUUCUGCAAUUGCCAGGCUGUCACACAGGGCUCGGGGCUUAGACCCCCGAGGGACACGCAGAGCCUACAUUGAAUGUUACAGGCAUAUACAGCACCCCAUGAUCAGGUGACCCUUCCAGCCCAGAGCAAUGGAGCAAAAUGAAUCCUCCCGUGUGGAUUCUGAAUUUCGAUACACCCUCUUUCCGGUUGUUUACAGUAUCAUCUUUGUGUUGGGGGUGAUUGCCAAUAGCUAUGUGCUAUGGGUCUUUGCCCGCUUGUACCCUUCCAAGAAACUGAACGAGAUAAAGAUCUUCAUGGUGAACCUCACCGUUGCCGACCUGCUUUUCUUGAUCACCCUCCCGCUGUGGAUUGUCUACUAUUACAAUGAAGGCAACUGGAUUCUACACAAAUUCCUGUGCAACCUGGCUGGCUGCCUCUUCUUCAUCAAUACCUACUGUAGUGUGGCCUUCCUGGGUGUCAUCACUUAUAACCGCUACCAGGCAGUGGCCUAUCCCAUCAAGACGGCUCAGUCCACCACCCGCAAGCGUGGCAUCUCUUUGUGCGUGGUCAUUUGGAUAUCCAUCGUGGCUACUGCCUUAUACUUCCUGGCCACGGACUCCACCAACGUGGUUCGCACAAAAGAUGGCUCAGGCAACAUCACCCGCUGCUUUGAGCACUAUGAGCCGCGCAGUGUGCCGAUCCUUGUGGUUCACGUCUUCAUCGCAUUCUGUUUCUUCCUCGUCUUCCUUCUUAUCCUCUUCUGCAACCUGGUCAUCAUCCACACGCUGCUCACGCUGAAGGUACGGCAGCAACGCAAACCUGAAGUGAAGCGCCGGGCACUGUGGAUGGUCUGCACCGUCUUGGCGGUGUUCAUCAUCUGUUUUGUGCCCCAUCAUAUGGUCCAGCUGCCCUGGACCCUCGCAGAGCUGGGCUACCAGACCAGCUUCCACCAGGCUAUUAAUGAUGCCCAUCAGAUCACCCUCUGCCUCCUCAGCACCAACUGUGUCUUAGACCCUGUAAUCUACUGCUUUCUUACCAAGAAGUUCCGAAAGCACCUCAGCGAAAAGUUUUCCAACAUGCGCAGUAGCCGGAAGUGCUCCCGGGCCACUACUGACACGGGCACCGAAGUGAUGGUUCCGGUCGACCAGACUCCUGUCAUGUUGCUAAAAAAUUAAUCUCUGUCUUAUUAAAGACAGACCCAGAGUCUCCUCUUCCGUGGACCUCACAGCCUGAGCUGGGAGGUGAGAGGCUUCUGCUUGUGGACAACCCCUCCUGGGACCAUGGCAGACCACUGAGGGCAGAGGUUCCUUUCUCACCUAGACGCUGGUUGACGGCACUGCCAGCAUGUUGGAAAAUACCGAACUUGAAUGCUCCUUUUUACUCAUCUGUGGGUUAAUACUAGCGACUGUGGCUGAUGGCUUCAUCCAGAGCUUUUGAAUCUGACAUCCCGGCUAGGGCCAAACCUUGGGCUUAGACUCUGAGUUACCCGGUUCUUCCGACUGGGGCCAUAGUAUUGGGCACUGCCUCCUGCUGCAGGCAGGGGAGGAGUUAUGGGCGAGCAUCGCUUCACUGAUCCUGUGGAAGAUCUUUGUGGGAACAGUAGGUUUAGGAUGGCGCCCUGCUUUCUCCACCCCCAGGUACAAGGUCUCUGUGACACUUUUAGAGGAAGUGGUUUGAUGGAAGCCUCUGAUGACCCAGAAACUUAUCUCAAAUGUAACCAGAGGAAAUAAUACAAAAUCUGACCAGAAUCUAGGAUGGGAGCGGAUUUCCCGAGGCAGCUGAGUUUCCAGCCAGGCCUGAGAGUCUAGGAGAGAGAUGGCUCCCUCAGGACCCUGCAGUUUCAACUGCCGGCAGGAGCCAGCUUCUUUUGGUGACCCCUGAACACCUGAUGGUGACUUUUUGACAAGUGUGUUAGUCACACUUCACUCGCUGUGCCCAGCCCUUCUGUCAGAAACAACCGACGGAAGGAGAGAUUUAUUUGGCUCACAGUUUCAGAGGACUUCACUCCAUCACGGCAACCAAGGCCUGCUGGGGCAGCUCAGACUAUUGGUGGCAGGAACAGGAGGCAGAGGUUGUUCAUGUGGCAGUGAGCCAGGAGACAAAGCAGCCCUUUAAACUGGGGCUGGGUACAAUCUUCAGAAGCCCCCUGCCAGCUGCCCAUUUCUACAGCCGGGUCCUACCUCCUCCCGGUUCCACAGGCUCCCACAAUAACACCAAUAAUGUGAGAAUGAACACAGAGACCGCGGCCCUGGGCCAGUGAGAUCAGGUAAAGGCUCUUGCUGCUAACACGGACAAUCAGAGUUGGAUCCCAGAACCCAUAUGGUGGAUCGGGAACAGACUUCUGCAGGUUGUCCUUUGACCUCUUCAUGCAUGUUGUGUCACGCACAUGCCCCGCCUCCCCCAUAUACACAUAAAUAUACAUACAAAAUAAUGCAACAGAGCAAGACAAACGUGGCCCCGUGGAGGUGCAGGGUAUUUCAGAUUCAAAAUACAAGAACUAUUACAUUCACACGAGGUCCUCUCCUGCUCUCUAAACAGGAGCAGGAAUGGCAGACUCAGAACUCUGAGAAAUUUUCCUGGUUCCCUGAGCCUUGUGUUCCUUAAAAAACAUGUUCUUGGGGGCUGGAGAGAUGGCUCAGUAGUUAAGAGCACUGACUGCUCUUCCAAAGGACCUGGGUUCAAUUCCCAGCGCCCACAUGGCAGCUCACAACUGUCUGAAGAUCCAGUUCCAGGGGAUCUGACACCUUCACACCAAUGCACAUUAAAUAAACCAUAAAUUUUUUUUUUUUAUGUUCUUCCUUCCAGCUAGGGUCCCCUUCCAGCCAGUGUCCCCUUCCAGCUAGUGUUCCCUUGACUUUGGGUCAGUUGAUUCCUGUCUGCCAGACAAUCAUGGGGCUUGUUCCAAUAAGCUGGUAACCUGCUUGGGUUUGGGGUGAUGGCCAUGGGCUGUCCCUAGCUGAAGGUGACUACGUAGCUAAAGCAACACACUUGAACUUUGGCAUCUUACAAACUCAGGCUCAAGGUUUAUCUGUGCUUGGUGCUGUCUAGGAAGUGGGAAUUUGACUUUCUGCAUCUUAGUGUUAUUAGCUGGGAGGUGCGGCCUACCUCACGGGGCUGUUACCAAUGAGCAGAGCUUGCUCAGCUGACUCUUGAUUGCUCAUCCCUGAUGCUCCCCGCGAUCCUCUGAUAGGACCUGAAGGGGUGAGAGUUGGACAUGUGGAUUCGGGAUGCUGUUUGGGGAUUUACAAGCCAUGUACUGAAGUCAGUUAAACUCCGGAGCUGUGGCCAUGUCUGUGCGUAAAGUGAGUGUGUGGGGUGGCCACCUGGGCAGACAAAUGGCUUUUCAAAGAAGGCAGAUGUGCUAGGCAAAGCAGAGGCCAGAGAGGACCCAUUUUCAGUGGUUCUCAAAUCUCCCUCAUGCUGCGACCCGCUUCAUAUAAUUCCUCAUGUUUUGCUGACCCCCAACCAUAAAAUUAUUUUCAUUGUUACCUCAUAACUAAUUUUGCUACUGUUAUGAAUCAUAAUGUAAUGUAGAUAUUUAUGGAGAGAGAGGUUUGCCAAAGUGCUCUCGACCCCACAGGUUGAGAAAUACUGCACCGAAGCCCGGAGAGACGAGAAGACACAGCCUCCUGGGGCCAGAGGGCAUUCCUGCAUGCUUUCGCUUGAGCUGCGAGACGUUUUCUUGGCAGGAUUCCUUCUUGCUUAAACUCAUUCGGAUGGGGGUCUAGCACCUUCAAUCAAACAACCUUCUUCUCUAUGUUUCUGUGCUAAUACAGUACAUUCUGAACUUGUUCAUUUGUAUAUCCUCCUUGUCAUUGUUUUGUAAUAUCCAUGUACCAUGGUAUGUUUACUUAAUAAAUAUUUUUGUUUUUAAAUUGGGUCAGUUUUUAAAACUUACACUCCUACCUCACAGGCACCCUGUAAAGAUUUUUCUGCCCAUUUUACAGGUGGGAAAAAGGAGGCUAGGAGGGACUGAGUCAAGGUGAAAGAGAGAGUAAGUGGCAGAGUCAUUAAUAUUUAAAACUAGAACCCUGGGUAAGCACAGGCUCCCAGGGUUGCUGUGUAACUGUACCAGUACCCUACUUCUUUUAAGCAUCUUGUGUGUGCUGGGGCCGGAGCUGGGAUAGGCUUUCACCCCGAUGUUAGAGGUCUCUUUUGCAGCUCAAGCCACCUGAAACCCCAUGGGGACUCUUCCCAGACAUAGAUACCUAUGAUCAGGACUUGGGACAUUGGUUCUUAGAUAUUACACCCAAAUGGUUCUAAGAACCCUGGGAGCCAGAGCUCCAUUGCUGCUGAAGCCAGGCGGAGAGGUCACUAAUCAUGAGGCUGAAUUCACUUGUCAGCUUGCAGAGCUCUAGAACCUUCUAGAAAUAAGAGUCUCUCUGGUCUGUACACCCAUAAGCAGUGCCGUCUGGUCAUUUGGAACCACACUUACACCUAGCUUGAUGAAGUGCUGCCAAUUUGGUCCUGAAGUGACUGCAGGCAGUCCACACUCCCACCCGUUGCUUUAUGAAGCUUUUGUUGUGUGUUUUGUUUGGAUGCAGGGUUUCACCAUGUAGCCUUGGCUGUCCUGGAACCUGCCCCUGCUUCCCAAGUGCUUUGAUUAAAGGUGUGCACCACUAUACUCCUGCCUAUUAUUUUCUCAUUAGCCUAUAUUAAU